AUGGCAGAAUCGGUGGAGGUAGAUAUUAUCGGUAAUAAAUCAGCGCAAGAACUUGCGUUGAAUCCUGAAAAUGUUCCAAAUAAUUAUAUUCACAAAGAAGGUGGUGUUGGAUUUCGCGAUGCUCUUCUUCCUUCCGAAUCAGAUGAUAUUGAGAUUCCUGUCAUUGACAUUGGCAACCUCACAUCUCCAUCUGCAGCACAACAGGAGCUUCAUAAACUCCACUCCGCACUCUCUUCUUGGGGAUUAUUUCAGGCAACAAACCAUGGUAUGACAGGCUUGUUUCUUGACAAAGUCAGGGAAAUUUCAAAACAAUUCUUUGAUCUUCCAAGGAGAGAAAAGCUAAAAUAUGUAAGGGAACCAAACGAUAUUGAAGGAUAUGGAAAUGAUGUAAUAUAUUCAGAAAAUCAAAAGCUUGAUUGGAAUGACAGAUUAUUUCUGAAGGUACAUCCUGAAGAUCAGAGGAAUUUCAAAUUUUGGCCCCAAAAACCCGAUGAUUUCAGGAAUACUAUAGAACAAUAUAUCGAAAGUUUAAGGCAGUUAUAUGAAGUAAUUUUAAGGGCCAUGGCAAAGUCAUUGGACUUGGAAGAGGACUGCUUCCUAAAUGAAUGUGGAGAGGAAGCUUCAAUGUCUAUGAGAUUCAGUUUCUACCCCCCAUGUCCUAUGCCUGAUCAUGUUCUAGGCGUGAAGCCGCAUGCUGAUGGAUCAUCUAUAACUAUUUUGCUGCAAGAUAAAGAGGUAGAAGGCCUCCAAGUCCUCAAAGAUAAUCAGUGGUUUAAAGUUCCAAUCAUCCCUGAUGCUCUCGUGAUUAAUGUUGGUGAUCAAUUAGAGAUAAUGAGCAAUGGAAUAUUCCAGAGUCCAGUACACAGAGUAGUGACAAAUGCAGAAAAGGAGAGGCUCACAGUAGCAACAUUCUGCAUUCCGGAUUCAGAAAAAGAGAUUAAACCGGUUGACAAAUUAGUGAACGAAUCGAGGCCAAUAUUAUACAGACCGGUGAAAAAUUUUGUGGAUAUCUAUUUCGAGUAUUACCAGCAGGGAAAAAGGCCAAUUGAAGCAUCUAAAAUAAUUUUGUGAAACUAAAGAGAAUGAAAAUGAAAUAAAAUGAGUAUAAUGAAAAUUCUGAGCCGUUGCUGCUACUUUAUAUAAAA